CAUAUGUAUAGUACAUAUAUACACAUAUAUACUACAUAUACGUAUAUGCGAAUGGAAUAUUCAAUGUUGCCAACUUACAAAAAAGUUGCUCAAAACGUUAUGUUUACUUGAAAUACCAAACAACAUAUUUUAAUUAAAAACCACACGAAUCACUUAUACGUCUGUUUUAAUUAAAAAUCUUUAACGAAGUGAAGAAGAACGAAUCUUUUGUAAUAUUUCAUUUGGUUACGUACGUUGACAACAUUUGACAUUACUUUAUGCGACCGCAAUUUUAUAAAUGACAUUCUAAUAAAAUGACGAUUACAUUGAGAAACUGACUGUGCACAUAUCGACAUAUUAAUGAAAGUAUUCACGUAGAUGAUUGAAUUGUUAGAAAUUUCCAGAAAGAGGUUAUCUUCACAAUUGAUUUGAUAUUUCAACAGUGUUCUAAGUAAUAUCUUAUUAAAAAUCCAUCAUUUAUCAGUGAUGGAUUUAACAAUGGCAAAUAUGUUAUUAAUAUUAUUAUACUUCGUUUGAAAACAUAUGAUUUACAUGUAAGAUAUAUUUAAUUGUAUGUUAAUGGUGCGUCAUAUAAUAAUAGGGAAAUAAUAUAAUUUAUAAUCAUGUUUGGUACAUUACGCAAUAAAUUUCAAACUGUGCAAGAAAGUAUAUCAGCUAGUAUUCGAGGAUUGACAAUUGUUGAAAAUCCAAAACCUAAAAAAUUUAUCAAUAUAAGGAAUGUUAAUUACAAUGCUGGAGCAGAUAUCUUACAUAAAUUUCAAUUAGAAUGGAACGAAUUGCACGAGUUGGCAGAGGAAAAUGCAGGGAAAGCCCAAGAGGCUAACAAACUUAUAGGAACUAUUUAUGAAAAGCUUGAAAAUGAAUGGAAAAAUAUUAUGUGUCUAAAUAGUAUAUUAGCUCAUAUUCCAAAACUCAAUAAUGCGAUACAAGAACUUAUGGAUCAAAUAGGAACAUUGCAAGAAAUGUUUGAGGAAGUAGAAAGUGCUAUAUAUAGAUUAGAAGAUUUGAACGAAAUGUUGGACUUACAAAAUAGACAGUUGGAUCACAGAUUUCAAUUGGCUUUAUAUAAAGAAAAGAAACUAGCAGAGUUAAAUGUUAUUAAAGCAAAAUUAGCGAAUGAACAUAUUGACAGAGUAUCAAAAUAUGAACUUAAACAGCAAAAAAUGAUGAAAGAAAGAAGAGAAACAUUCGACGAAGUCUUUAAAGAGGAACUUAAGGAAUACAAAGAAACAGGAUCUAUAUCCAAAUUACCAGUUACGCAACAAGGGCCUUCAUUAGACGAAAUAGUUUUAGAUGUAGAUUCGACUGUAUUCGAUGAAUUCUUAGAUAAUUAAGAAUGGAACAUUUUAAAUACUGAAUCAGAAAUAAAUAUGUAAUCCUUAAUUA